ACACACGCACACAGACACUUACUGAUAGACAUACACUCACUCAAUGACAAUGUUUCCUCACAUAAAGAGGAGCGUACAAGCGCUUGUCAGAUGAUGAAUGAGAAGGUCCAGCUGAAGCACAAAUCAUCUGCCUGUGUCUGCCUGUGUGGGGCCUUCCCAGAAUUUACUUAUAUUCAAAUACAGUAAAGGUUUGGCCCAUGUAAAUUCACGUUCCUUGUUCUAGUCUAUGACAGUUUAUUUCCGACAUCUCUCCAUGUACAAAGUUCACAGAGAUCUCAUUGCAUUGUGUGUCCUCUCAGCAUACGAGCGAAAGGAAAAGAGUCCCUUGCCCAUGGCUGAAUUUGGGAUUCCCAUCUCAGUUAUCCUGUUAUGUGAGAUAAUUCUUGGAAUAUUACUAAGCACCUUCAUUGUGUGUGUAAUCCUAAUGGACUGGGUGAAAGGGAUAAGGCCAAGUCCCUGUUAUCAGAUUUUGCUCUCCCUUGGCUUUUCCAACAUUUGUCACCCGUAUUUGAGUGGUCUUGAGGAUUUUGGAACCAUUAUGUUUCCAUGGAUUGAUUCUGUGACUUACUUUAAUAUUGUUAACAUUCUCGAUGCCAUUGUUCUCUUGUCCAGCUCGUGGCUAACGGCCUUGCUAUGUCUGUUCUACGCUGUGAAGAUCCUGCCUUUUAAGAGUGGCUUGCUUGGCCAACUAAAGAAGAACAUCAAUUCAAAGGUGCCCUCGCUAAUCCUAGCCACCCUUUCUAUAUCUCUCCUUAACAGUCUUUCUGUGAUUUGGGUAUUUGAUGACUUUUUUCCCAAGAAUAACAAAACUUCUGCCAUUGCUAACAUCUCCACAGAAGGCAACAUGAUUCAAACGAAUCCACAAAUUUUUGAUUUGGCUCUCAUUAUAAGCAUUGUAUUUCCUUUCUUGAUUGUGACAACAACAACAGUGAGCAUCGUCUGGUUCCUGUCCAUGCACACUCUUCACUUAAAGCAGAAUGAUGGAAUGAAUGAUGGAUCAGUUCUGAAGGUCCACAGAAAAGCAGCCAGGACAAUGCGGCUCCUCUUUUUUCUUUACGUUAUCUACUUCACUGCCGAGGUUCUCAUAGUGUUCAAUGCUCUAACUAAAAUGAGUACUGAGUACAUGGGAACUGUAAUAGUUCUGGGUGCUUAUUCUCCUAUUCAAUCUUUUAUUCUAAUCUCAAGAAACACCAGAUUGUCUCAAAGCAGCGUGAGACUCUACCAUUACAUGUUACGCAAAAAUAUAAAGUAAAUCAUAUUUUAUUUAUAGCAUACAGGAUCAAUAUCAAUACAUUAUGGGAUUUUCCUGUAACUUUGG